AUGGCGCCUUACAACCUCGACCCACACUCCCCACACGCUUUGUUUGCCCGCUCGGAAUGCAAGCAAUGCCCGCAAGAAUCUCCUUCAUGCGACUGCCCAUCGGGCACGAAAUGCAUGAUGACCGCCCAAUCCUGUUCUGCAUGUGCGACUAUACAAUGUGUCGAGACAUCCAGCAGCUCAACCUCUAACAGUAGUUCCAGUGGGGGAGGAACCAACACGGGCGCUAUAGCGGGCGGUGUCGUCGGAGGUCUUGCAGCAGUAGGAAUCAUCGUAUUCCUCAUUUGGUGGUUCGUCAUUCGCAAGAAGCGCAACCAGCAGCGAGCAGAGGAGUCGGAAAAGGCCAGCUCGUACGCCGCCCGCGCCCCGCCGGCUUCCAGUGCUGCACAAUCGAGGAAGUCCACCCAUUCGAUCGCAUCUACCGUCUUGACUCGCGCCUCCAAUGUUAUCCAAAUUGCGUACAUUCCUGGCGUAACGAACAGAUCUCCACCGGAUACUCCUCUCGUCCCACCUGUCCCCCCUCUCCCUGGCGCUUCAGCCGACCAACAUUUCUUCAUGCCUGGGGAUUUGCGCGACUCAUCCUGGUCUGACAUGACGACGGACCGUCGUUCUAUGGCUAACACACUGCGAAGCAGUGUCGCUACGACUAUCUACCGGAACGAUGCCAUUGUCAGCCCCAUGCCUGCCCAGCAGGUAACGCGCACUCGCGCUGCAGUGGUCAGCAUUCACAAUGGGCCAAGCACACCAUCCUCCCAGCACCUGAGCCCCGAUACACCGGCUGUUCCUGCCAUUACUCCCUCACAGCUCGCCAGGGCGGGUGUCACCGACGCAAACAACAACAGCUCAAUUGUGGCUCGCACUGUCACCGCGAAACCUGUGAUGGUAAAAACUAUUGGAAAGAAAAACAACGCGGCAGCUAAAUCACCCGUCCAACCCAUCGCGGAGCAGCCGGAAUCGAGCGCUGGAUCCUCGUCUACCAGCCAGAAACCCACCAAAGCCUCCAGCGUCUCAUCAAAUGACGGAGGAGAACCCCCCGCUGCCGGUAACAAGCGCACAUCCACAAUCGCCGAGACACCAAUCUCAGCCAGGAGAUCUCAAGCUCCAACGGUGAUCGAAGAUUCACCAGCCAUCAUCCAGAGCCCGUUCACCGACGAAACACCAACAGAAACAGACAGGCGCAACUCAGCUUUCCUAGAAGGGGCCAGCUUAAGCUCAAAGCGACACAGCGGCGCACCGCCCCCGCGAGUCGAGAGCCCCUUCGCAGACACAAACGAGGUGAAAUAA